AUGGAAUACUCCAAAUCCAUCCCGACUGAGGAGUCAGGGGCAUCCCACAGCUCCAACUCUCCAAACGAACACACCCGCGCAGGUCACAGCCGGGCAUUUCGUUUCAAAGAUGGCAGUCGUCCCCAUCGAAAACGAACACACCGUCAUAGAUCACGGACAAGAGACGACGAAUCCUCCAAGAGGCGCCAUCGCGAGGAGAAGCGACCCGACCCUACAGUUGAAAAUCCCUUCGGUUCAACCAGAGACACCUUCCGAGAAUCUCUCUUCGAUGCUCUCGGCGACGACGAAGGCGCAGCAUACUGGGAAUCCGUCUACGGGCAACCUAUACAUAAUUACCGCGUGCCCGAUGUUCAACGGGGCCCGGAAGGCGAGCUGGAACAAAUGACCGAGGACGAAUACGUUGAUUACGUCCGUCGACGGAUGUGGGAGCGGACACGGGAAGGUAUGCUGGCUGAGCAGGAGCGUCUGCGUGCUGAGCGGCAGCAGAAAAGGAAAGAGGAGGCUCGGAGGAAUGCGCAGGCUGGGAGGGAGGAGUUCGAACGUGCAAUGGAUGACAGUCUGCGGCGAGGCGCAGAGCGCAAGAGAGCCAAGAUUGAGUGGGGUACGCCCUGGGCUGAGUAUUUGGAACGGUGGGAGAACAUCGGGAAGGCUGCGGAGGGGUCUGCUCCCAAGCCAUUACGCAAUCUGAUUUUCUGGCCUGUUCGCUCUGGGAAGAGAGGCGAUGUUCGCCCCCAGGCUGUUGAGGAGUUCAUGCGUCAUGUUCCGGCACCUGCCGAGUUGAUUGGUACGCUUAAGGUGGAGCGCAUUCGUUGGCAUCCUGAUAAGAUCCAGCAUCGGUAUGGCGCAUUGGGCAUUGAUGAUGUUGUUAUGCGCGGUGUCACAGAGGUUUUCCAGAUUGUGGACCGCUUGUGGAAUGAGGAGAGAGAACGGCAGAAGUGA